AUGGCUUUUGGGAUUUUGGAGCCCGCCAGCGCUGGAGAUUACGUUCCGGGCACCGCUGUGCUUGAGGAUGUUUCUGAGUCUUCAGAUGUAUCAAAUCUUAAGCACGUCAAAGGUUAUGGCAAGAUCGUGCUCAUCCCACAGCCGUCCAAUGAUCCAAAUGAUCCGCUGAAUUGGCCCUUGUGGCAGCGCGAUAUCAUUUUCGUGUUGCUCUGUUAUUGUACUAUCCUAUGCGCGGGAGUAAUUGGCCCUGUGAUAUCUCCAGCAGCUCUGCUUCUGGUUGUGGAAUUUAAUAUAAGUUUUACGAAAGUCUCGCAGCUGACCGGAUACCAACUCUGUGCCAUAGGAGCCUUCGGUUUCGUUAUGUCGACUUUCACUCGCCUUUACGGCAAACGCCCCGUUUUUAUCGUCUCUAUCCUCCUCUGCCUUGUAGGCACAAUCUGGUGUGGUGUCGCGAAGUCUUUUGGAUCCCUUGUCGGCGCACGCGUUCUUCAAGGCAUAGGAAUAAGCGUGUGGGAAAGUAUCAUGUACUCCGCCACAGGUGAUCUCUACUUUGUUCAUCAGCGUGGCUCUAGAAUGGCAUUUUUCGGCGUAUGUGCUAGUGGACUUGGAAAUUUGGGACCACUAAUUGCUGGCGUGGUGGCUGAGCAUAAGGGCUGGCGUUGGUGUUUUUAUAUCCUGAACAUCUUCAUCGGGGUUGCCACGAUUGGUAUCUUGUUUUUCGGGUGGGAGAUCAUGUACAAGCGUCAUGAUCCCCAGUGUGAGACUCACACGCUGGCUAUGAUGAGUACCAACGAUAACAAAGCCGAAAGCGUUCAUCAGGAGACAAUGACCGACGACGUCCCAACGUUGACUCGCAAGCCCUACAUUAAGCGUCUCGCCGUCUUCAGCGGCCGCUAUACAGAAAAAUCCUUUCUCUCGCUGAUCAUUGCGCCCAUCACCAUUUGCAUCUAUCCAGCCACCCUUUGGUCGGCUGUCACCCUCUCUUUUGCCACCGCAUGGCAGGUCGUUGUUUCCUUCGUCCUCUCUGAGGUAUUUUCAGCGCCGCCAUUUCGCCUUAGCACCGCCCAGAUCGGAUAUAUCUACGCUGGCCCCGUUGCAGGGGCGCUUAUUGGCGCCGCUAUCUGCGGCAUGCUCUCAGAUCGCGUUGCUGAGAUUUGCGCGCGAAAAAACAAUGGUAUCUACGAGCCAGAGUUCCGCCUUUUCCUGGUCGUGGGAAUCGCAUUCUUCAUGGGCCUCGGCUUCUUCCUCUUCGGAAACUUGAUUGAAGAUGGGAAAUCUCCGGUCGUAGCUGCUGUGACCUGGGGUAUAUCUCUCGUUGGCUUCCAAUUUUGUUCCACGGCGAUAGGUACCUAUAUGGUAGACGGCUAUGAGAGAAUCUCCAUCGAGGUCUUCAUUAUUUCAAUGAUCUUCAAAAAUUUCUUGUUUUUUGGCUUUACCUUUUUCAUCAACGACUGGAUAGCGAGAUGGGGGCCAGCGCGAAUGUUCAACUGCAUCGGCGGUGUCCAGCUGGGUAUUUGUACGCUCACAAUUCCUGUGUAUAUUUAUGGCAAAAGAUGUAGACGUGCUUUCGGCCAUCAUGGCGUAUCUCAUGAGGAGAAGCCAUGUGCUCUUACGAAGUGA